UUUUUUUUUUUUCAAGUUCCUGUAGUCCUCGGGAAUGCUACUGUGCUUGUGUGUGUGGUCCCUGAGAGUCGCGGUGGAGAGGCACUGGUGACAUGUGCAUCCUCAAGAAAUGUGCAGCCCGCAUCAUGGAAUUGGGAUUCCUUCUCUUGGUGACAGCCUUCGUGCUCUCAGAUGCCGUUUCCAUGAAGAGCCAAGCAUAUUUCAAUAGGACUGCAUCCCUGCCCUGCUUGUCUUCAAAGGCUCAAAACCUAAGCCUGAGUGAGCUGAUAGUAUUUUGGCAGGACCAGAAAAAUUUGGUUCUGUACGAGCACUUUUUGGGCAAAGAGAAGUUUAAGAGCGUGAAUGCUGAGUACCUGGGCCGUACAAGCUUUGAUGAGGGUGACUGGGUUCUACGACUUCACAAUGCGCAGAUCAAAGACAUGGGCGUGUACACUUGUUAUGUACAAAAGAAAAGGCAUGGAGAAACUUCUAUAAUCCACCGAACAGACACGAGGCUAACAGUGGUUGCUAACUUCAGUGAGCCCAAAAUAGAGCUGGCUCAGAACGUAACCAGAGAUUCUGGCAUAAAUUUGACCUGCUCAUCUAAGCAAGGCUAUCCAAAACCUACAAAGAUGUAUAUUUUGAUAUCUAACUCAACCGAAAAGCACGGUGAAGACAUGCAGAUAUCACCAGACAAUGUCACAGAACUGUUUGACGUCUCCAUCCGCCUGUCGCUCCCGUUCCCAGAUGGUGUGUACAACGUGACUGUCUUGUGUGUCCUGGAAACUGAGUCGAUGAAUAUUACCUCCAGGCCUCACAAUUUAGAAACGAAAAUGGAGAGCAAGGGGGAAGAGGAGACUGAGGAAAGAAGGCAGAAACCAUGGCAGCUGAAAGCAUUGCUGCGCUACUGCCCCCAGAAGCCAGCACAAUGCCUGGUGUACCUAAACAUUCCUGGUGACCAGUCCUCCGCCAACAUGACGCAGUGGGGUUGUCCGUUUCUCCAUCCCUACUGA